AUCUAUUGAUCAUGUUUGUGACGUCAUCGUUUAUUUUGCAGAACUGCGGAACCAUCGUAAGUGGGAAACGGAGGGAAAUUUAAACUGUUCGGACUGCUUUGCUUAAGUGUCAGUUCGGCAAUAAUCGACUAGCCGUUCGUACAAAAUCCCCUUUUAACUUACACGAAGAAGCUGAGUACGGCUAUAAAUAACCAGAUAAACGAUGGAGGUGCAGCUUGAUCAGAAUUUAGACUCGCCCUCCAAAAACAGUUACAUCGGUAGCUACUACCAACCUCCUGAGAGGAUCCUGUCAGUAUCAAGAGAGCUGCAGUUUCCUGCUCAUUCAGCUGUCACUGCAGACCAGACCGACAGCCGUUCAUCUCAAACCACGCGGAAUCUGGACAGCAAAGUCGUUCUCCCCUCAGCUGUUGUAGAUGCACUGAAAAAUCUCCAGGACAAAAUCAGGCGUUUGGAAUUGGAGAGAAUGCAAACACAGAAGACCUACCUUCAGGUCUCCCAUGAUGCUCAGAAGCAACCGCAGGUCUUAACAUCAGAAACAGCAGCUAGUGUCCCAGCCACAGACUUCUCUGCCAAAACUGAUUUGGAUUUAAAAUUGCAGUCUGCUGAAAGUCGUUGCAAGAUUCUUGAGAAGCAGCUGGAAUACAUGAGGAAAAUGGUUGAAAAUGCCAAGAAGGACAGAAGUGCCGUACUGGAAAAUCAGGCCUUGCUACAGAACCAACAAACAAGCAACUUAAAUCACCAAACGCAGCAGGAGAAGCUAGAGAAAAUUGAAUCAGAGUGUCUCAAACUGAGCAGAACCCAAACUCUUGCAGAGACGAAAUUGGCGAUUCUGGAGCAGAAGCUUCUGCAGGAAGAGCAUGAGCGCAAACUAAUGCAGGAAAAGGCAGAAGAGCUGCAGAGGGAGUUUGACAUCAGUCUGCGACUGUCUGUUCCAGCAAGCGAAGAAACAAAGCCACAAAGGAAAACAAAGAAGACAGUUAUGAAAUCAUCUAAACAGCCUGAGCAGACAUCAUGCAGCCCCAGGAGAACAAAAAUGCCCUUUGUUGCAGGAACAUCUACUAGUCCAAGCCAUUCGGUCCACGCCAACGUUCAAAGCAUCCUCCACAUGAUGAAGCACCACCAUCCUCAGCUGUGUGAAAGAGUCAGCUCCUUGCACAAGCCUGGACGUGGAGCCAAGAAAAGCCUCCAGACGGAUUUUUCUCCAUCUUUAACCACUUUGCAGAAGUCAGAUCGCUCUUCCACAGAUUCAUCUCUGAGCUCCCUGACAGAUCUGCUCCUGACUCUACAGGAUGAGCUCGGCCAAAUGAGCUUUGAGCAUCAGGAGCUGGUUCGUCACAUAGAAGCUAGCCAAAGUGCACAACAAAAGCAGGAGCUGCAGAGAGAUCUGGAAAGGCUGGAGGGGAGGAUGGAGGAGAAAGAAGCUCAGAUCACAAAGCUGCGCAAGCACCAACAGCAGAUCCAUAAACUGACCCAAAGCCAGUCACAUGCUGAGGACCAUACUGCCAAGAAGCGUUUUGUGAUCAAGCCACCUGGUCCCUCCCCAGUUAAGGUCAAGCCAACUGCAAAAAGCCCAACUCGAAACAACCUGCAGCUUCUCAGGGAGACGAAGAAGUUGAGAAGCUGCCUGAAACAGGACGACAUCUCCUGGGAAACGUAAAGUUGUCCCUGUCAGGCAGAACUGUUUUUUGUUUUUUUUUAACCACUGAAUGAAGUACUCGGCUCUCCUCAUUUCCGGGAAGACUUUUUUUAAGCAGCCUGGAGCUUUUCUUUUUAAUAAAUGAAAUAAAAUUUGUGUUGAUUUAUGUACCCAUUAUUAACCCCUUCACGAGUGAAUUAAUUUCAAUUACAUAAAAAAAACUACUCUUCAAUGUUUUUGCCAUUCAAGCUGAUGCUAAAUUAAAUUGAGUCCUGGAUAACAUGGAACUUUGCACAUUAGUGACAUGGUAUGAAGGUUUAAAGUCAGGGUUUGCAUAAACAUGAGACAUACACCAUCAGUUGUUUCCUAAUGAUAAAACUUGUGCAGAAAUCCCACUUCAAAUAAAAUGGUAAUAGCUUAGAAUCUG